GGAAGGAAGCGGAAAUAAACGUCGAAAACCUUCUGCUACCAGCUAGCUUCGGGCUCACAGGACAGGGCUGUAAGCGACGUUGUACAUACUGUGGGGGUAUCUCUUAAGAGGAAGCUGGGAGAGCGUCAGACACAGCAAAGGUUUUUUUUUUUUGCUUUUUACUUGGGCAGCUUCGAAACGGAAUACUACAAGUGGUGCUGUCCUGUGACCUUUAUGUAAGGUCAAAGCCCUACAGGAACGGGUCAUCGACGGGAGGAGAGACUCGGAGAAAAGCUGACGACCACGGAGGCCAGGACAGCGCGUCGGUUGCCAAACAGAAGAGUAACCACAGCCGAGUUGUUUUGCUGCGAGUCACCAAGACCAUGGAGGCCAUCGCCAAAUACGAUUUUAAAGCUACUGCCGACGACGAGCUUAGUUUCAAACGCGGAGAGGUCCUCAAGGUGUUAAAUGAAGAGUGCGACCAGAACUGGUAUAAGGCAGAACUAAAUGGGAAAGAUGGAUUCAUUCCCAAGAAUUACAUAGAGAUGAAAGCCCAUCCGUGGUUCUUCGGGAAGAUUCCCCGCGCCAAAGCAGAGGAGAUGCUAAACAAACAGAGGCACGACGGGGCUUUUCUCAUCCGAGAGAGCGAGAGUGCGCCAGGAGACUUCUCCCUGUCGGUGAAGUUUGGUAAUGAUGUCCAGCAUUUCAAGGUCCUUCGUGACGGGGCUGGGAAGUACUUCCUCUGGGUGGUGAAGUUCAACUCGCUCAACGAGCUGGUGGAUUACCACCGCACGACUUCAGUCUCCCGCAAUCAACAAAUCUUCCUGCGAGACAUAGAGCAGAUCACCCAGCACCCUACAUACGUGCAAGCGCUCUUCGACUUUGACCCGCAGGAGGAAGGCGAGCUGGGCUUCAGACGGGGCGACUUCAUCCAAGUCCUGGACAACUCCGACCCCAACUGGUGGAAAGGAGGCUGCCACGGCCAGACGGGCAUGUUCCCCCGCAACUACGUCACGCCUGUCAAUCGGAACAUGUAAAAAAAAAAAAAAAAGAGAGAAAUGUCAGACCAACACAACAGCAACCAUCACCACCAUCAUUAUCAUUGUUCUUGACCUCAUCCACCCCGCCAUCCAACCUGCAACCAACCCCCUGCCUUCUCCCCCUCCCCCUGCCCGGGCCAUCCCAUGGUGACCAUAAAAAAAAAAAACGAACACGAAGAAGGCAAAAAAACUGGAGAAAAAAAAAAGAGAGAGAGAGAAAACAGGAGUAGAGCUUCCGUAGGCGUAGCUACGUGGGCAGCAGCAGAGCGGAAUCGACCUCUAUCCGCGCCGAGAAGUUUGCCUCCCUGCUGAACGCCUCGGCGAGGACCGAACUGUCUGAGGGAAAUCAAAAAGCAGGAGGGAGGGGGAAGAGAGAAAACAAAACAAACAAAAAAAAACUUAACUAAAGCGUAGUGCACCAACCGUGAAGAUAACCAAAUGAUUGAACCGCUCCCACAGCUGCUUCUGUCUUCUCAACUUCUUAACAUUCUGCUUGUUUCCUUUUCUCCUUCCUUCUUUGCCGCAUGUUUUGUUUUUUGUUUUUUUUAAAGAUCACGUCAAGGAAUCGUCUACCAAUUAAAAAUCGUAAGUCGUUUUGAAGAAAAAUGGAGAAAAGACUAAAAAAAAAAAACUUUUAAAUAAUG